AUUUAGAAAUUAGAGCGCAAAUUCUAAGCGCAAGCAAGCGCAACCAGAAGAUCAGGCUCCCAAAAUAGAAGUGGAUGCAUGAAGAGUGCCACGUUGCCACUUCUCCUCCUCGGUGCCAACCGACAAUAUCUCUACUGCUUUCUUCAAAUCUCCUCUCCUUCCUUUUCACUUUUCUCCCUAUAGGGUUUUUACAGUCUCUUCUCUUCUCAUACCAGUUUUCCUGUUCCAGAGAAAACUCCACGCUACGCUGUCCGUCCCUACUCAUCUCCAUUUCUGAUUGGCAUCCUCCACGUCUUCCAACCUGGAUCCGAUCCGGUUCUUUUAUCCGGAAUUAUCGACCAGAGCUCAAACAAUGAGGCGAUUGCUUUGAAAUGUAAAAGAAAAAUAUUAACCUCGAAAAGGGUGCUUUUAUAAGAUUUUUGAAGGAGUUUAUAUGCCUGUGCUGGAUUAACGUUUUCGUGAAGCUGUGAAUUUUGGGUGGGUGCUAGGAUGAUGGUUGAUUCAGGUGCAACAACAAACCAGGGUCCCGUUGUUGAUAUGAUAUCUGAGAAAGAUGGUGAUGGCGGAUAUGUUACUGGAGGGUGGAAAAGUGAAGAUGGAAAAUUAAGCUAUGGCUAUUCAAGUUUCAGGGGAAAGAGAGCAACCAUGGAAGAUUUCUAUGAUAUUAAAACUUCCAAGAUUAAUGGGCAGAUGGUCUGCAUGUUUGGAAUCUUUGAUGGGCAUGGUGGUUCUCAUGCUGCUGAGUAUUUGAAACAACACCUUUUUGAGAAUCUAAUGAAGCAUCCAAAGUUCAUCACUGACACCAAACUUGCCAUAAGUGAAACAUAUCCACAGACUGAUGUAGAUUUCUUGGAUUCUGAAAGAAAUACUUAUCGAGAUGAUGGUUCAACUGCUUCAACAGCAGUAUUGGUUGGUAACCAUCUAUAUGUUGCCAAUGUUGGAGACUCAAGGACUAUAAUAUCCAAGGCUGGAGAAGCUAUCCCUCUCUCAGAGGAUCAUAAACCAAAUAGAACUGAUGAACGGAAGAGAAUUGAAAAUGCUGGUGGGGUUGUUAUGUGGGCAGGAACUUGGAGGGUAGGAGGUGUAUUAGCUAUGUCUCGAGCUUUCGGUGAUCGCAUGUUGAAGCAAUUUGUUGUUGCAGAACCAGAAAUUCAGGAUAAAGAGAUCGAUGAAGAGUUUGAGUUGCUUGUGCUUGCUAGUGAUGGGUUAUGGGAUGUAGUGCCUAAUGAGGAUGCUGUUUCCCUAGCAGGAGCAGAAGAAGAACCCGAGAAAGCUGCCAGAAAGUUGACUGAAGCAGCGUUCACACGUGGGAGUGCGGACAAUAUAACAUGCAUUGUGGUGAGAUUUCACCAUGAGAAGGCUGCUCCAGUUAAUCCCAAGCAUGAGUAGUGGUCCUUAUAUGGUUUGCAUUUUCAUGUGUAGAUUUAUUGGCAAUUUGGUUUAAUUUUGAAAUUUGCAUGUGCCUUUUAUGGCCAAUGUGCAUUAUAUCAAGGACAAUUUGUUUAUUCAUUGUUUUGUUGUUUUCGGUUUCCUAAUGCGUGUGUAACACAUGAACCAAACGUCCUAUUUAUUCCUACACUUUUACGCA